CUUCACGAUUUUUUCGAAUUCGCUUUGCCGCCACUACACCCUUCUCUUAGCGGCUCCGAUUUUUCAUCAACUGUUCUCAGGUCAGUCCUUCGUCUUGGAUUUUUGUUUCACAAUCGACAGUAGAGGAUGGAGAGCGACGACGAUUUCCAGUUACUUUCGUCUCCCGACGUCGAUUCCCCUCUCGUUGCGGGGAGGAAGCUGAAGCGGUUGAAGAAGGCUAGUGUUCUAUCGGAGGAGUUGCCGAGGGUCGAUGAUCAAUUUUCGAGUGGAGUGUUGGGGGAAUUUUUGAGGAUCGAUGAUCGGUUCGAUGAUAGCCUUAAGAUGCGUGAAUUGAGUGCGGCGGAAACUGAUGCCGAUGAUUCUGAUAAAUUUAACGGCCAAGAUCUGGAUGAUUCCGAUGAGCUUCGACAAUCGGGAUCUGGAUCGAGGGAUUUGGACGAUGGUGGCAACUUGGAACCUAGUCUUGGUCUGGAUGAUCAGGAAAAUGAUUCUGGAGCCGAGAAGGGCUUGGAAUUUGAUGCCGUCGCUGGUAUUGAUGAAAUAGAUGAAGAUCAAAGUCUGAGGAUAGGAGAGGAAAGUGGCGAUGCCCUGGUAGAUGAACUGGUGAAGAAACGGCCAAGUUUGGAUUCAUUCGAGGACGAGAGAGAAGCAAAGAGGAGGAAAUCAAAGAACAAAAGGCUCAAGAGCAGUGGAGAGCCUGAAGAUUUCAACGAGACUGCGGUCUCCAAAAGGACUCUUGAGAAGGAGAGAAGAGAAUACGUUGAACAACUCCGCGCCGAGUCUCAGAGACUCUUGCGAGAUACCAGAGGGGCAGCAUUCAAGCCCAUGCCUCUUGUUCGGAAACCGAUAUCCUCAGUGUUGGAGAAGAUCCGACAAAGGAAGCUUGAGCUCUCUAGGAAAUCUAUCAAUAUUGAGAAUGCCAUUCUAGACUGCAACGACGAUGACAAUUAUCUGUGCACAGAGGUCGUGAUCAAGCAUAGGUUGUCUGUAGAAGGGAGGGCGGAUUCUAUAGAAAGAGAAUGCGAGGAUAUGGAUCAGCAUCCUGCUGAUUUGGGGAACCGAAAAGGUUCAAUGUGUAUAGAUGAAAGGAGUAAUGGGACAAACAUGCCCUCCGAGAGGGAAAAGGCUACCAACGACGCCACAGAAGCAUUUUGGACUCCUAUUAAUGACACUCAGGAACUCUUUUCUGAUUCCCAAACAAGCAAUGGAGACGAUGUAUCAAAUGAGAUGUCCAACAAUCCUCUGCAAGAAAAUUUUACGCCAUCUGUAUUGGCUAUGAAUUUAAAGCAUGAAUCUGCACCUCUUGAUGAUGAGUUGAACGAGACAUCCAGAAGUCAUUUGCAAGAAAAUUUCACACCAUCCGUAUUGGCAAUGAAUUUAAGGCUCGAUUCUGCAGCCCUUGAUGAGGAUUCUGAUGAGGAGGAUAAUGAUAAGGAGAAUGUAAAUCCACAUCCACAUGGUUUGUCAAACUUGCCUUCAUUGGCAAGCGGGGAUCCUGUUAAAGCUUUUGUUGAUGAUGAAGCUGAGGAAGAAGAUGACAGUGACCAUGAUAUGCGCUUUCAAGAUGAAGAUGAAGACGAGUACACUGAUUCAGAAGAGCUUCAAGAUAUGAUAGCAACUGCAUACGAAGAAAAUCCAUUAGACAAUGAAAAACGCAACGAACUCCAUCAGAAGUGGCUUGAGCAGGAAGAUGCUGCUGGAACAGAAGAUCUUUUGCAGAAAUUGAAAUAUGGAUCAAAAUUUACUAAACCAGCUUUGCUGGAUGAUGUAAAUAAUGAAGGAGAAAAUGAUGAUUUUGAAUUUUGUGAAGCAGCUGCAGAAGAUUUACUUCCGUUGAAUGUUGCUCGAAUGAACAUUCGAAAAGUAAAGCAAAUGCUUCCUCAAAUGUAUACAGAUAAUGAUGAUCAGUACAUGUCCGAUGACGAGGAAACAGAAAGGAGGAUAGAAAGAGAACGUGUACUUUAUAAAGCUGAGGAAAAAUCCACAUUUCUGUCGCCUGCUGAGGAUGAGAGCACUAGAGAAGUUUUUGGUCUUAUUAAGAAGCUGAAUGUUGUAUCCGAUGUAAAGAAGAGACCCAAAGCACAAUCGUUUUUGGACCCUCCACUAACUGGUGUAGGCAAGAACAUAACAUCCAAGUCAUCUUUCUUAGGUCGAAGUUCAAAUUUAUCUCUUUCUUCAUCCCGUAAACACGGAUCAUCAAUCAACAGUCGUUCUUUCAUUUUCGGUCGAGAUGAUAGCAACAGCAAGAGUGCCAUUCCAACAAUGGAAGAAUCUUCUGAUCAGGGCCAGAGUGAAAAUAAACCUACAAGGAUUUCUUCAGCCAAGUUUAGUUACUCCCAAGUGAAACCAAGUGCACAGAAUGAAGCUAAAUCAGGCAGUUCAUUGUUUGAUAUAUUAAGGCAAUCUUCUUUGCAAUUGCAACGCAAACCAUGCACUUUUGGUGAGGAGUCCAGCCAAAUGAGUUCUGCAUUCGCGUCAUUCAAGUUGGAGAAGACACACAUGAAGAAGCCAAUAAAGACUGAAGGGAGAUUUCUAAUAUAAGGACCCGACAUAUUUGCCUUUGGAUCCGAGUUCAAUGCCUUUGUUUACGUUAGUUGUGUUUGAAGUCCGUUCCGUUCAACGUUUCGUUGGGUGGGCACUUUGCCUUUUUAUUCCGAGUUAAUUGCCCACGUAUCUGCUAGUAAUUAAGGCCUUUGUAAGGCCACACAGGAAACCAAUAAGGGACCAUUUAGCUCACAAUUUUGAUAAGUUAUAAUUUGUUCUAGAUUGCGGAUUGUCGUGGUCUAAACUUUUUUUUUAGAGUAUAAAUUUUAUGAAUAAAGUGGAUUUCAUAACUUAAAUUCAUGUAA